GCAGCUCGCUGCUGCAUCCCCAUCCCACAAUCCCUUGCUGGGUUUGCUGCAGUCUUUUCAACAGACGCUGAGUGCGAAAAAGAUGUCCUGUAAGAUAAAGAUUGAUUGGUCUGGAUGCCGAAAGGGGUCUCCCACUUGUUAAUGACCCAGAAACAUUCCUGCCGACUUUGCGGGGCCUCCUCUCUUUCCGUCCGUUGGUCUGCUCCUCGGCCCUGUUCCUGAGCUGGCGCAUCACCACACGGAGCAGAAGAUAUGCGGGGCUUCUGAUGAUGGCUGCACUGCAUGCAGCAGCGUGCAGGAUCCAAGACAGUCGGCCUCCCAUGUCAGUGGUCUAGGAUGGCCAGUGAAGCCACCAACAUCCCAAGUCCUGUGGUGCGCCAGAUUGACAAGCAGUUUCUGAUUUGCAGUAUAUGCCUGGAACGGUACAAGAAUCCCAAGGUUCUCCCCUGUCUGCACACUUUCUGCGAGAGGUGCCUGCAGAACUACAUUCCGGCCCACAGUCUAACCCUCUCCUGCCCAGUGUGCCGCCAGACCUCCAUCCUGCCCGAGAAGGGGGUGGCCGCACUCCAGAACAACUUCUUCAUCACGAACCUGAUGGACGUGCUGCAGAGAACUCCCGGCAGCAACGUUGAGGAGUCCUCCAUCCUGGAGACAGUCACCGCUGUGGCUGCGGGCAAGCCUCUCUCCUGCCCAAACCACGAUGGGAAUGUGAUGGACUUUUACUGCCAGUCUUGUGAGACCGCCAUGUGCCGGGAGUGCACGGAGGGGGAGCAUGCAGAACACCCCACGGUCCCCCUCAAGGACGUGGUAGAGCAACACAAGGCCUCACUCCAGGUCCAGCUGGACGCCGUCAACAAAAGGCUCCCAGAAAUCGAUUCUGCUCUUCAGUUCAUCUCAGAAAUCAUUCAUCAGUUAACCAACCAAAAGGCCAGCAUUGUGGAUGACAUCCACUCUACAUUUGAUGAGCUCCAGAAGACUCUAAAUGUGCGCAAAAGUGUGCUGCUUAUGGAACUGGAAGUCAACUAUGGCCUCAAACAUAAAGUCCUUCAGUCGCAGCUGGAUACGCUGCUCGAGGGCCAGGAGAGUAUAAAGAGCUGCAGCAACUUCACCGCGCAGGCCCUCAACCACGGCACGGAGACGGAGGUGCUGCUGGUGAAGAAGCAGAUGAGCGAGAAGCUGAACGAGCUGGCGGACCAGGACUUCCCGCUGCACCCGCGAGAGAACGACCAGCUGGACUUCAUCGUGGAGACCGAAGGCCUCAAGAAGUCCAUCCACAACCUCGGGACGAUCCUGACCACCAACGCCGUCGCCUCCGAGACGGUGGCCACGGGCGAGGGGCUGCGGCAGACCAUCAUCGGGCAGCCCAUGUCCGUCACCAUAACGACCAAGGACAAGGACGGCGAGCUGUGCAAGACGGGCAACGCCUACCUCACGGCCGAGCUGAGCACGCCCGACGGCAGCGUGGCGGACGGGGAGAUCCUCGACAACAAGAACGGCACCUACGAGUUCCUGUACACGGUGCAGAAGGAAGGGGACUUCACCCUGUCCCUGCGGCUCUACGACCAGCACAUCCGGGGCAGCCCGUUCAAGCUGAAGGUGAUCCGCUCGGCCGACGUGUCCCCCACCGCCGAGGGCGUCAAGCGGCGCGUCAAGUCCCCGGGCAGCGGCCACGUCAAGCAGAAGGCGGUCAAGAGGCCCGCGAGCAUGUACAGCACCGGGAAGCGGAAAGAGAACCCCAUCGAGGACGACCUCAUCUUCCGAGUGGGUACUAAAGGAAGAAAUAAAGGAGAAUUUACAAAUCUUCAAGGGGUAGCUGCAUCUACAAGUGGGAAGAUACUAAUUGCAGAUAGCAACAACCAAUGUGUACAGAUAUUUUCCAAUGAUGGCCAGUUCAAAAGUCGGUUUGGCAUUCGAGGCCGUUCUCCCGGGCAGCUGCAGCGGCCCACAGGAGUAGCUGUGCAUCCCAGUGGGGACAUAAUCAUUGCAGACUAUGAUAAUAAAUGGGUUAGCAUUUUCUCUUCUGAUGGCAAGUUUAAGACAAAAAUUGGAUCAGGAAAGUUGAUGGGGCCCAAAGGAGUCUCUGUGGACCGCAACGGGCACAUCAUUGUGGUGGACAACAAGGCGUGCUGUGUGUUUAUCUUCCAGCCAAACGGGAAAAUAGUCACCAGGUUUGGUAGCCGAGGAAAUGGGGACAGGCAGUUUGCAGGUCCCCAUUUUGCAGCCGUAAAUAGCAAUAAUGAGAUUAUUGUUACGGAUUUCCAUAAUCAUUCUGUCAAGGUGUUUAAUCAGGAAGGCGAAUUCAUGUUGAAGUUUGGCUCAAAUGGAGAAGGAAAUGGUCAGUUUAAUGCUCCAACAGGUGUAGCUGUGGAUUCAAAUGGAAACAUCAUUGUAGCAGACUGGGGAAACAGCAGGAUCCAGGUUUUUGACGGAAGCGGAUCAUUUUUGUCCUACAUUAACACAUCCGCUGACCCACUCUACGGCCCCCAAGGCCUGGCCCUAACUUCAGAUGGCCAUGUUGUGGUUGCAGACUCUGGAAACCAUUGUUUCAAGGUCUAUCGGUACUUACAGUAAUGGUUGGGCAGCUGGACAGCCCCUUACAAAGGUCUUGCACUAUAAACUGGAAUGGAUUUCUCGACGCGGGACCAGAUUACACUAGACUUUUCAUGCUAGAAAGAAUCAGUGAUGAACUUUCCAAGGGUAUUUCUGAAUGUAACUAUUUCCUUAAAAACUGCAUAUCUGAUUUCUGUAAUUCACUUCUAGGGUUUAAAGAAAAGAAAUCCCUUUUACUGAAUCUAUGGAAACUGCAAAGUUUUACGCCUGUGAACUAUGGCUUAUCAGACAGGGAUUUAUGUAGUUGAACUGAUUUUGCAAAUCAAACACUAAAAAAACCUAGAAUAUUUAAAAAUAUUCGUUAAUCCUGUGAAUGGUAGCUUUUGUGCAGAGCUUCCAGAAACAAAACAAAAACAAAAUCUGUUGUAGUUACAGACUUUAUUUAACUUUGGUUAUGAGACCCGGGGGAUCUUCUAACCUCACUUUUACAGUAGGUAUUACUCACGUGACAUUUUUUGGUUACCAGUAACUACAUAUAAAUUAGAAAAAAAAAAAAAGACCAUUUUAUAAAACCCUCCCAGCUGUGAUUAGGCAGGCCUCUUUUGAGUUUGGCACUUAAAAACCACUGCAAAUUUCCCAUCCUUUCUGGAUUAGAUCUAAGAUCCUUUUUGUGUGUGCUUUUCACCUUUUCUCUCCUGCUCACCUUGUAUCAAAAAACAAAGUCCAUUUUCAGGGAAUCAUGAAAUUCCCAAUCCUUUGAAAAGCAUAUUACAAUAGCAAAUGCUACCUUUUGGAACAGCCCCCCUCAACUCCAGAUUAAUGAAUUGGUAUGUAAUCAAGAAAAAGUUAGCCACAGUUUAUGUGCCAUGUUCUCACGUGUCUCUCCUCUUCCACUUCAUGAAAGCGAAAGCUUUACCUCCUGCGAGAUGUCAGCACAUGUAGUAGGACACCAGUAUCCUAGGACAGAGAGCCAUAAGUAGCCCUUUGGAGGACUGAUGGUGUCAACCAAAGGCAUGUGAUUGAUUAAUGGUUUCCCCUUAGAAAGCAAAUGUUACCAAAGUUGUGUUAUCUCGAAAGCAUUACAGGUAAGGGCAUGUUAUGGUUAUUUAUCAUUGUCUAAUGAAUAGUAGAGGCAUUAAAGGACUAUGUAUACACGAUUAGGGUAAGGUGUAGAAUGUAUCAUAUAUAUAUAUAGCUGAAUCUUUGGUGUACUCAAAUAGGCAGCACUCUGAAAGACAGAAGCAUCGUCCAGCACAUUCCUUUACCGCGCAGUUUAAAGCCGUCCUAGUAGAGCAAGCCCGAAAACAGGUUUACUUUUCACCAUUGUCCAGUAAUGAUGAUAUUGGCUGACUUUUAGCCAGAAAAUGGCCUUCUGUGCUUUCAAAAAAACAAAAACAGGUCGGAGGAAAAAGAAACGUUGAACUUGAGUUAAAUUUAAGUAUAAAUGCGUUUGGAGAAAUGUGAAGAAUAAUUUAGUUAAUUGUGAAUCUGUCAUUGAUACUGUAAAAUAAAAUGUGGUCUCUUUCCACUGUUUAAUUUUCUACUCAGUUCUACCAAAUAGGAUGUCAUGUUUGGCAUUUUCGAUAAUGACUUUGGGAUCUCUUUCACUGAAAGCACCUUAGAACUGUACUAUGAGAAAACAUUUCCCAUAUGUAUAUGUUAUGUUCAUUGCUUUUUAAUUUAUAAUUCAGUCAUUCUCUUCUAUAGGACUUUUUUAAAUGUAGAAGGGAAAUCUAGCUACUUCCAAUUGUCUAUCAAAUUUAUUAUGCCCAAAUCAACCUCUGAAAGAAAAUUUUUCAUGAAGAUUAACAUUAGAUUUACCUUUUUGUUUGUUUUUUUAGCUAGAGUUUUCGAAAUAUUUGAGACUAUAAUGAAGUCAUAAAAUUCAAUAACAUUUUUAGAAUGUAAAACUAAGAUACUAUUUGCUAACAAUACUGAACUAAUAAUAAUAAGUCUUUGAAUUCAGACAUUCGUAUUCAGUGAGUGCUUACUAGGUGCCAAGCUGCUGAUCUAGGCACUGAGGAUACAGCACAGCCAUGGAGAAAACAGACAAAACUCCCGCCUGCUUGGAGCUUAUGCUCUAGGGAGGAAUUUCAUUUUGCCAUUUACUAACAUUCUGCAUAAGAUAAGCUAGACUCUUGAUAGCUCCUAGAUUCUUUAAAAGAAAACUUUUUAAAUUGGUUAAAUCAAUUUUGGUUUAUUUUCACAAGCAAAAAUGGCUUCCUAUUUAGGUUCUGUCACAAGCUAUUGGUCUUAAGACUAGUUUACUUAAAAGAAUUAUUUUGCACAUCAUUGAAAUUUUUAUUUGUGAAUUUAGCAAUUAACCAGCCAUCAUACCGUAACAGGCUGGAUAUCUCAAUAAUAGAUUGAAUACAAGGCUAAUUUUUUUUUAAUCUGUCAUUUUUGGCACAAACUGGAAUGGAAAAAUAGAUACUUCAAUUCAGACCUGUUCCACUAUGUGUCACUGGAACAUAUUGCUGUGGGCACUCCAAGAAACACUGUAUUUUUCCCCCAACAUAUGUAGUCUCUUGUAUGUUAAAGUGUAGAUGACAUUUCACAUUUGGAUACAUAGGAGCAUUUACUGUAUUUCUUAAUAAGCAUAUUCGAGGAGGGGGAAAGUGCUGCUGAUAAGAUAGGAAUAGGCAAGAUUUAAAUGAAGUUUUGUCACAAUCUAUAGAAAAUGGUUUCUGGUAAACUGAGAAGGAUAUUAAAGUAAGUGACUUUUUUUCCCUGAGCCAUCAUCGUUGUUUGAUUUCUCUUUGUCAAGUGUACAGAACCUGUCAUACAUUCAUGAUAAGUAGCACUGAAAAAUUACCCAUUCAGAUGUCCCCUGGGCACUUCUGGCAAAAGAUUGCCAGUUCGAAUGUAAAGGUCGGUGAUGCAUUCCCACCCAGUAUAGACCUCUCCUGCUGGACUUGGGGGACGUAGUCACUCGACCAUCCCGAAACACAUGAAUAAAAAGCCUUUAUGACUGUUCACCAUUUUUUUUAAUGGUACUUAGUAUCUUGAUCAAACUUUUAGUCUCUAGUAACUAAAUAAGUCCCCAAGUUUCCUUAUUUUAAUUUACUCUUUGACUAGAUUUGAGACAAAUACUACAGGUCCAUGCAACUAGAAUACACUUGCUUCUAUUGCCUAAGUAUACAGGGUAUGUCCUCACUUGGAGUUAACUGGAAUAGCAGUACGGUAGCAAGUGUCUGUGGAUCCUUACCAUUGAAGGAUAUGCAUAAAUGCUUUGGUAAUAUCUACUGAGAGAAUUGGAGGAAAUAGCAAAUGAACCUUAGGUACUGUGCAGAUCACUUCAAAUGGGAAAAACCUUUUUGUACACUUGGACUCUAUAGUAUCCUCCCUAUUCAGCUUCUGAAAAGGGAGGAGUAUUUUUAGUUAAAUAAUUUAAAAACAAGACAUUUCCAGGUAGGAUAAAAUUGAAGCUAUUUGCUGCAGCCAUCGUCUAAUUUUGCUUAAAAUCGAAAGUGGUAAUACUGUUGCAUUCUGUAAAUGUUGCAGGGUUUUAAACUUUACAAUUAUUUUAAUAUUUUUGAUAACUAGGAAUCUAGUAUUGCCAUAAAGGAAACUAAGUGCCCAUUAAAGAUUUGUUUGGUAUAAAUAAAUGAUUUUUUUGUUUUGUUUUAAAUGACAGUAAGCUACAAAUCAUGAUGUUUAAUCUUAAACUUUCUGAAGAUGAACUGUGUGGCAGUGAUUGUGUGGUCUGUUUGUGGAGAAUGUAUGGAAAGCUAUUAAUAUUCUAAACUAGAUUAAUAAAUCGGCUAUGUUGUCCCAAUGAAUGUACAGCACGUCCAUUAAUUUUCAAAAGCAACACAGCCUUAAACUCCGUGCUUUUGCUUUAUGACAUGGGAAUGUUCUGUCCUCAACAGAGUGUAUUCUUGUAAUAGAAUCCUUUAUAUCAUUCUCAAUUCUAUUGCCUUUCAAUCCUAUGUAUGAGUAUUAAGGGUUUUUGCUUCCUUUUUUUCUUUUUAAAUUUUGUACAUUCCAUCUUUAUAGGUCUGUUUCAUACAUUUUGUGUAUAGAACACUAAGUCUUGCGCUCUCUGACAUUGAUAACUGAUAUCUUCUCAUUUGUUCUUUUACGAAUCGAAAUGCCGACUGCCUAUUUAAAGAAAAGAAUGAACGCUGUGCAUCAAAGUGUUUGUAUGUUCGUAGCUACAUACGUACCACAGUAUUUUGGAUGCUUUAGUCUAAAUAAAACUUUAAAUUAAUUCUGUCUUGAAACAUAGGAGAAACAAGUUUCAUGUGUAUAUCUUUACCAUGCACAAAAUCUCAAAUCAUUAUAAUAAAGCUUGUUUUCUCCAUUUC